GUAAACAAAAUCACAUGCUUCAUGUGGUGUAACAAAGCAGUACAGUAUUCCUGCAUGCAGCUGCUCACAAAGAGAGUCUUCCCCUCAAAUAUUUUGACAUAUUUUGGAACUGACCUCGCCCACCUUUAUCUGACAGCAAGGAACGCACUUUGUACUGGAAUUUCUUCACAGACUUGAAGAAUUUUUUUAGCCCAGGGAUUGCAGAUCAUGACUCCAGUGCUGGGCAUAGCCCUGCUGACUUUGGUCCUAUCAGGGCCCACCGUGGCCUUUUUCUCUAUCCAGGGUGGGGCAUCCACUCAUAUCAGCAUUACAAGAACGGCUCUAUUACAAAAAGUGACUGAGACAUGUCGGAAAGUGGCUGCGACAGCUGGUCAUGAGUUCAAUCCCACGGGUUCGUCUCCUGAAGAGCUGGUCCAGGCCUGUCUGGGACCCAGAGCAACAGGAGAAGUGUCUGGUGUCAAGUUUCACUCUGCUCUUCAAGAAAUCUACACCCAGAACGGACUGGUAGACCGUGACUUUGUCAACAGUGCUCCACACCACUUCAACUCAGAGGCCUUUCUGGAAGGACGUGGUCUAAUCAGAGAGGGGAUGGUGGCCAUUAAAGCUAACAUUGGCAAAGAGAACUUCCAGGCUGCCAGGGAAACACUGGGCAGAGUCCUUCACACACUACAGGACUUCUACAGCCACAGUAACUGGGUGGAGCUGGGAUACACAGAGCCAUACAUCAACCUCAUACGCCCAGACCUUCCUCUGGAAAAUCUGGCAGAUAUCUACACUGCCACCUGCAGUGACUGUGCCAGUGGAAAAUGCCCCAAUCCCAUCCUCCCCAACAUCCUGAAGGAGAAGAAACUCACAUCAGGCUACAUUGGAAUCUUCUCUGCAGCCAAGCCUAAAGGUAAAUGCAGUCAUGGAGGUGCAGCUGACCUGACUAGUGCAGCAGUUCCUCAUGGAGGCAUAAGCAAAGAUGAGCGCCGCUCCGACAACGUGGUGCUCCACAAUGCUGCUGUGAAUGCAGCCACAGCCGCCAGCCUGCAGCUGCUGGAGGACAUCCGGUUAGCUGUCGGUGACAAUGACUUUCUGAGAAUGAUGGGGAUUGCCCGCUCCUCUGUCGUGUGCUUCGUUAUUGACACCACUGGCAGUAUGUCAGAUGACAUCAAUGAAGCCAGAGCGGUUGUUUACGAAAUCAUUGACAGCAAAAAAGGAACGCAGGAUGAGCCAUCCGAGUACAUUCUGGUGCCUUUCAAUGACCCCGAGUUUGGACCUAUGACCAGAACAACAGACCCUGAUAAGAUGAAAAGUGAAAUCUCUAAGCUCACAGCAUCAGGAGGUGGUGAUACCCCUGAGAUGUGCCUGUCAGGACUUCAGUUGGCUCUCACCGGUGCCCCUGCCUCUUCCCACAUCUAUGUUUUCACUGACGCUAUAGCCAAAGACAUCGACCUCAAGGACACUAUUGUUGCUCUCAUCAGGAGCUCCAAGUCAACGGUGUCAUUCUUCAUGACCGGGGCCAGUCGGAGGCGUCGUCGUUCCCUCAGUGCUGCUUCCCUUGAAGACUACAAGGACCUGGCUUUGGCCUCUGGAGGCCAGGCCAUCCAGGUGUCUAAGAGGCAGUUAGCUCAGGCCACAGAUGUCAUCCUUGACACGUCCACUUCAGCUCUGGUGACAGUCCUUCAGUGUGUAAGGAGACUUAGGAAUCAGGAAACCUUCCCCUUCGUAUUGGAUGAAACUCUAAAAAAUAUCACUAUCUACAUCACAGGAACAUCCAUUACUUUCACACUGACCAACCCUGCAGGUGUGAGCCAGAACCACAAUGAGGCCAGCGGUAAACUGGGGACCAUACAGACAGUGGGUACCCUGAGGAGAAUUCGUCUCAACGCUGACAAUCAGACAGGAGCCUGGCAGAUUAACAUAAAGUCCAACCAAGCAUACACACUUAAAGUCACAGGCCAGAGUACCAUUACCUUUAUCUACAAAUUUGUGGAACGCUUCAAAGGACCUCACCCAGGUUAUGCAGCACGCACUGGGCAUCCACAAGAAGGCCAGCCGGCCAUCCUGAUGCUCUCAGUAAUGGGUAGGAAAGGUCCAUCCUCGCUGGCUAUUGGAGACAUUGGUCUGGUAACUGUAUCUGGUCCUGAGACUAAUAGCAAUAGCACAACAAGUGACAUGGGCAACGGAGACAUCUUGGUGACUGUUGAUGAAGUCCCUGGGGGAGAGUUUGUGGUCAUUCUGAGAGGAACUGACAAACUGUCAAACACAGAAUUUCAGAGGAGCUCCACCCAGAUGUCCGUCUCCAAAGUGAAUAUUCAGGCUGUGGUGGACAGCAGUGUGGAGCCAGGGAAAGCCUUCAAGCUCCCCUUCAGUGUCAUGACCCAAGGCUCUGGUGGUCAAUACUCGAUUGGUGCCAGAAAUGACAGAAACUUCCCCAUGUCCUUCCCAAACAGCCUCACCUUGACAGCUGGACAAUAUGCUAAUACUACUUUAACCAUUACACCACCUGCCAACACGCCAUCAGGCACUGAUGUCACUCUGACGAUAGAAGCCAAGUCGUCCAGUGGUGGCGACUCCAAUUAUGCCGUUUUGAGAUUUUCAGUUGUUACCAAGAUUACAGACUUUGUUCAGCCUUUGUGUGAAGUGGUUAGUGUUCUGGCUAAUGAUUGCCCUCAAGAUGUGUCUCAGUGUGGACCUUUCCGAUGGGAGCUCUCGGCCAACCUUACUGAUGGAAACGGCACUGGAAUAGAGACUAUUUCCCUGCGUCAGGGCAAUGGAACCCUCUUACACAGCUCCUUGAGUGAUCCUGUUGUUUGGGCAAACUACACAUCCUCCUGCUGCUCUCAGAUUGUUGAGUUUAUAGCUGUAGAUGAAGUUGGCAAUGUGGGAAAGUGCUAUCAUUCCAUUGUACGUUCUGAUGGCCCUCCUGCUUUAACCCUGUCGCUGCCAGUGUGGUUGUGCCUGCUGGUAUCUGCCUUUGUAGCAAGGGGUUGAAGGCCUUAAGGCUAAGUUGCUCAGAUAUCCUGCUUAAAUAAAAUGUGAGCACUGAUUGAGUAAUGGAUCAUGAAUGUGUACGUUAAUAAUAACAAAAUCAGUUGUUACAUGGUUGAAUAUUUUCCUAGUGUUUGAAACACGUUUCAGUUUUGCUGACAAAAAUCAGUUGCCUGUACGCCUAAUGCCACUUUCCACGCAGGUAUCCAAAUGUUAAAAAAUCCACGCGCGGUGAGAGUAGUACACAUACAACACCAUGUAGUCCUUUGAGUCUCACAGUGUGAUGUUGCGAGUUGGCAAAAAAGGGAAAAAUAAAAGUGUGAAUUUAGGUGACACUUUAUUUAGAGCUUUUUUCUUUCACUACACUGUUAGGAUGCAAUUAACGUAGGGAUGUGUGUGUGAUUAACGCAUUUUUAACAAGCCUUAAUCACUUUCAUUUGAGUAAUUAUGUUUCUUACUGUUGGCUGUCGGAUGAAUGACAUGUAAAAGUCCUAUGCCCAUUUCAGCAUCUCAAUAUGUUUGCUUUCUCUGCCACUGCUCUUUCUACCCUCUGUGCUCUUUGGACCUGUAGAUCUGGAAUGGAAUGGAAUCACAGUUCAGCUGGUUGCCUGGUUCCUGUACAUGUCAAAGGUUUUUUGAGGCAGGGCACUAGGAUUCUCCCAGGAAUGUUGUAAGAAACCACGCCUGCUGCAGUAAAACCCUUGCUGCCCUGUCCAAAUACCUGGCUGAACCUAAGUACACUAUUUCUAAGGGGAUAUCCAAAGAACUGGGAGUGCUUGAGUACUUAUAUGCUUCCAGUAAUAUAUAUAGGAUCCAGGAAGGAGUUGGUUUAUGAAUGUGACUUGAGUCAUCAUACUAGCUUCUAUAAGCACUAUGCUUUAGUUUUAUGUUUCCUUUGUUUUUCUCCAAAUAUUAUAUAUAUAUAUUUUUGGAAUGAUAAUGUGUUCAAUUAACCUUAUUCUGAACUGUACUAGAGUCAUUGAGCUUUGUCAAAUUAUUAGUUUAUGGGGCUCAGAUACACCAAGUUGUAUUUCACCAUAUUAAAGACAACACCUACCAGUCAAAGGGUUAAAAAUUAAUACGUGACCUCAUAUUACAUUACAAUAUAACUUUGUGUGUUACACUGGAAAAUAUGCUUGUGUGAUUUCAAAUGAAAGUAAUUUAUCUGUAUCACAAUUUUACAUCAAUCACCUUAUUCCUAUAGUUUAACAGUCAAGAUGGCUGUCCCUUCACAAUAAAACCAUAAAUGUAGAGUUAGGGUUAGACUGUCAUAAUUAGCAAGAUAUGACAAGACUCUGACCUCAGAACAGUUAAGACUAAUGUUUACCAAGUACUCGGCUGGAGCGUGUGCCUGGUACAGAUAAUUUCCUUUUUAAGAGUAUCAUCAGAGGAAAAUGUGUAAAUAUCAGUAUUCAUAAAUAAAGCAACUUUUAUUAACAA